ACCUUAGACUUUGUCGUGUCCAGAUACAACGAGCCCGCCUCCCAACUCGCACAUCAAAUCAACACCCUGCACUUACUCCCGAACAUAAAUUCUCUAGCCACCCGUCUGAUAGUUUACAAUACUGGCUCCGACAGUAUAUUAACCUACAAAAGGCAGAUACAAAGCACACUGCAUCCUUCCAUUCCAGUCACCAUCAUCCAACGGGAAAACAUAGGCAGGGAAGCAGCCGCCUACCUCACCCACAUCCUCACUCCCCCCUUCCCUCAUGCCUCACAUACUUUUUUCCUGCAAGCGGAAAUGCACUCGCCCUCCCUCGCUCUUGCCCGGGUCAGGGAUUACUUUAUUCCCAACACUGGCUUCUUAUCCCUCUCAUCCACACAUCGAACCUCCAACACCUGUUCUCAUCAACCCUGGGACCACUCCACUUGGUCCGAAAGCCCCGCCAUCCUAUCUCCAAUCUUUUCCGCCUUGAACAUUUCUGAUUGCAUUGAUUAUACGCUCACCUAUCGUGGUCAGUUUAUCGUUUCUGCUCGGCGCAUUGCCGCCACAUUGCCUGCUGUUUAUUCUCUACUGUUGCAUAAUUUGGUAGAUGCGAAUGCAACGACACAUCGAGAGGAAUAUGCAAGGCAGCAAUGGUUGUCGGGCAAGCGGGAUAGUUUGAAUGCACCAUUGUUUGGGUUUACGAUGGAGAGGCUUUGGGGGCUGGUGUUUGGGUGUCGGGACAAGAUGGAGGAGUGCCCUAGUCUGGUGGCUGGCAUGGUGGGUGGAAUGAUAAGCAGAGGUGGUAGUGGUAGUGCAGAGAGUUGUCAGUGUUUGGAU